UGAAAUCUGAUGAUUAUAGGUGAACAAUGAAAGUAAACACAGCAUCAAAACAAGACCUGAAGUAUUCUCUACUUUGCUAAAAAAAAAAAAAAAGAAAAAGAAAAAAAAAAGAAAAGCAGAAAAGCCAUUUAAAAGAUUGAUAAAUUUUAACUCAGUUUCUUGUCUUGCCAACUUCAUUGCAAAUAAUCACUCAUUUCUUGACGCUAAGACUGAAAAUACUAUAAUGAGUGUAGCAAGUUCAUUUCCUCUUAAAUUUUUCGUUUAUAUUAAUUGUGAUUUCUGGCUACUUGCUGUUGUUGGCUUGUUCUGACCAAAAAGGGAGAGCAGACUUUCUGUAAAUGUGUGUUUAAUUUAAUGGCAAUAUAGGUAGGUUUUAUCUAUCAGUUUUACAUCCUCUUUAAGAUUGCCUGUCCAUUUAAUUGACGCAUGCUGUUCUAAAUGAAAGCAUGUCUUUCCUGUGCAUGCUUUUGCAGCUCAUUUCUGUAUAUCAUAGUUAUCUUUAUUUUCUGGAUUAUUAAUCAGCUACAGUGUGUUUAAAGUUCCUGUUAGAGAUCUAACCUAAUUUCUGUGGGUUUUUACUUUCGUUUUUUUUUGGUUUCAAUUAAAAAAAAUUAGUAGUUGUCUAUAAUCAUCUUUGACUCACUUGUUUGUGUAUUAAGAACAUUUAAUCAACUUGAAUUUUGAUGGCAUUGUUCUCAUUUUAUUAGAUCUUACUUUCUACCUCCAUUGUAGCCAGGUGCAGAUUAAAUACUUUAAGGUUUAUAAAGAUAAUACUUACUAUAUACCAAAAACAUUUUUAAAAGUGAAGCAGUAAUGUAGAGAGGAAAGAACAAAGAUUAGGGAAUCAUGUGUUUAGCACGUAGUACUUGUUUUCUGCUUAAUAACCUUGUACAGCCAAAUGUCAGUACCAUGUGACUACUGAAAGGUGAAAUAAUCUAUAUGAAAGUACCUUGAUGCUACAAAACAGUAAUUAUAAUAUGGUAAUAUUAAAUAUUUUUGCAAAAGAGCUCACAUUUUAUAAAAUCCUUAUUAGGUAAAUGAGAAAGGGCUGCCUGCCCUUUUCUCAUGUUGGGGGUAUGUUCUUUGGAAGGAAAAGAAACUUAAAAUUGGUAUGUAAGAGUGGUUCCUGUUAGUGACAAAAUGUUCAAAGUCAUCCAGGUAAACAAAAGGAGAGUAUAUUAAAAUGUUUAUGCGAGGUCGGCCAAUUACAAUGUUCAUUCCUUCUGAUAUUGAUAACUAUGAUGACAUCAGAACAGAACUGCCUCCUGAGAAGCUCAAACUGGAGUGGGCAUACGGUUAUCGAGGAAAGGACUGUCGAGCUAAUGUUUACCUUCUUCCUACUGGGGAAAUAGUUUAUUUCAUUGCAUCAGUAGUAGUACUAUUUAAUUAUGAAGAAAGAACUCAACGACACUACCUGGGUCAUACAGACUGUGUAAAAUGCCUUGCCAUACAUCCUGACAAAAUUAGGAUUGCAACUGGACAGAUAGCUGGCGUGGAUAAAGAUGGAAGGCCUCUGCAACCCCAUGUCAGAGUGUGGGAUUCAGUUAGUUUAGCUACGCUGCAGAUUAUUGGACUUGGGACUUUUGAGCGUGGAGUAGGAUGCCUGGAUUUUUCAAAAGCUGAUUCAGGUGUACAUUUAUGUGUUAUUGAUGACUCCAAUGAGCAUAUGCUUACUGUUUGGGACUGGCAGAAGAAAUCAAAAGGAGCAGAAAUAAAGACAACAAAUGAAGUUGUUUUGGCUGUGGAAUUUCACCCAACAGAUGCAAAUACCAUAAUAACAUGUGGUAAAUCUCAUAUAUUUUUCUGGACCUGGAGUGGCAAUUCAUUAACAAGGAAACAGGGAAUAUUUGGGAAAUAUGAAAAACCAAAGUUUGUACAGUGUUUAGCAUUCUUGGGCAACGGAGAUGUUCUUACUGGAGACUCAGGUGGAAUCAUGCUUAUAUGGAGCAAAGCUGCUGUGGAGCCGACACCUGGGAAAGGACCGAAAGGUGUAUAUCAGAUCAGCAAACAAAUCAAAGCUCAUGAUGGCAGUGUAUUCACGCUUUGCCAGAUGAGAAAUGGGAUGAUAUUAACUGGAGGAGGGAAGGACAGAAAGGUAAUUCUGUGGGAUCAUGAUUUGAAUCCUGAAAGAGAAAUAGAGGUCCCUGAUCAGUAUGGCACAAUCAGAGCUGUAGCAGAAGGAAAGGCAGAUCAGUUUUUAGUAGGUACCUCACGAAACUUUAUCUUGCGGGGAACAUUUAAUGAUGGCUUCCAAAUAGAAGUACAGGGUCAUACAGAUGAACUCUGGGGACUUGCCACACAUCCCUUCAAAGACUUGCUCUUGACAUGUGCUCAGGACAGGCAAGUGUGCAUGUGGAACUCAGUGGAACACAAGCUGGAGUGGACCAGGCUCGUAGAUGAACCAGGACACUGUGCAGAUUUUCAUCCAAGUGGCACAGUGGUGGCCAUAGGAACGCACUCAGGCAGGUGGUUUGUUCUGGAUGCAGAAACCAGAGAUCUAGUCUCUAUUCACACGGAUGGAAAUGAACAGCUCUCUGUGAUGCGAUAUUCAGUAGAUGGUACCUUUCUUGCUGUGGGCUCUCAUGACAACUUUAUUUACCUCUAUGUAGUCUCAGAAAAUGGAAGAAAAUAUAGCAGAUAUGGAAAGUGCACUGGACAUUCCAGCUAUAUCACACACCUUGACUGGUCACCAGACAACAAGUACAUAAUGUCUAACUCUGGGGACUACGAGAUACUGUACUGGGACAUUCCAGGUGGCUGUAAGCUAAUCAGAAACCGAUCUGAUUGUAAGGAUAUUGAUUGGACGACAUACACCUGUGUGUUAGGCUUUCAAGUCUUUGGUGUCUGGCCAGAAGGCUCCGAUGGGACAGACAUCAACGCGCUGGUGCGAUCCCAUAACAGGAAGGUGAUAGCUGUUGCCGAUGACUUUUGUAAAGUUCAUCUGUUCCAGUAUCCGUGCUCCAAAGCAAAGGCUCCUAGUCACAAGUACAGUGCCCACAGCAGCCAUGUCACCAAUGUCAGUUUUACUCAUAAUGACAGUCACCUGAUUUCAACUGGUGGAAAGGACAUGAGCAUCAUUCAGUGGAAACUUGUGGAAAAGUUACCUUUGCCUCAGAACGAGACUGCAGUGGAUACCACUCUACCCAAAGCACCCCCGUCUUCCAUGGAAAAUGCCAUCCAGCCUCCUACUCCUCCCCCGCCUGCCCCCCAGCCCUUACCUGCAGCCGCUGAAGAGGAAAGCAGAGUAAGCAAUUCUCCACUUCUGGAGAACAGCCUGGAGCAGACCGGGGAGCCCAGUGAGGAGCGGAGUGAAGAGGGCAGUGAGGAGCUCGGGGAGCCCCUUGAGGAAGAGCCUGUCAUUGAGCUGAGUGAGGGGCAGGAGGAGCAGUGAGCCUCCCCGGCCCUGUCCUAACGCUGCCUUCAGCGGCAUGUCACUCUGGGGAAGUUGAGGCCAGUGAUGCAGUGUCACUGUCGACAGAUCUUGGGUUCCAUGCACUCAGUUUUCUUCAGUCUCUCGAAUUCAGUCCAAGGGUUUGGUUUGAUGUGCUUUAAAAAUUAACCAAGCUUGAUAAUAGAAGACUGAAACAUUAUUUCUUGGAAAUUGCUGUGCAGUUAGUAUGUGUUGUAAAUACUGGAACCAGAAGCAGCAGUUGGAUGGAUGGAGAACCAACCGCCUUGUUACCAGAACAGGUCUUGAGGACAACACUGCCACUCAUCUGCUGGCUCAGACUGCCGCUUUGUUCCUGAUGCAGAAACCAGAAAGAAGAAAAUGUGCUCUUAGUGAUACUCUCCCACUCCAAAAAAGAAAAACCUUAUUGCCUAGUGCAGUGGUGUUGCCUUCUUGAAUAAUGCCAUUUCCUUAACACUACCAGUAGCUGUCCAGAUGUGCUUCUUAGUCUGCUGCAUAGGUGCUGCCUUUCCCGAAUCAUUACGAGGAACAAUCCCUUACGUUCCUGGGUGGGAAUCUCUUGUAUCCUAGAACCAAGCGACUGUCAGUUUGAUGAAGAGCUUUUCAUGUAUAGUAACCACUGACAGGAUGGAUUCUGCCAAAGAGUCAGUCCUUCACUGGCCUCAACCAUUCUUGGAUGUUUAGAAGAGAGAAAAAAACAAAAAACCACAUGCCUUUAAACUAAACUAUAAGGAUUACCUGGCUAAUUUUAACUUAGCCUUCACCAUAAUUUGUUCCCCCAAUAGGAGAAACAAACUUUAGGAAGUUUAAAUGAUUGAAUUGGUGCUUGAAAUUCGUUUUUUUUAGUUGUAACUUUUAUACAAAUUAUACUGAGGGGUAAGAUUCAAAUUACAAAUUCUUUUUUACAGAAGUGUGAAUAACAGUCACAGUAAUUUUUUAUAAAUUGCAUUCUUAACUGUCUAUAAUGCUAUAUAGUCAUUUCCUUCUGGUAGAGUUGCUUAUAAGCCUUGUAAGUGCCGUAGGCCUACUUUCUGCUAUUUGAGCAAUGCAUGUGUUGUGUGUUGCAAGGUGUUUUUUUUUCCUUAACAUUUUGUCAUACAACUAUUGUUUCCUUCUUUAAAAAUGAUUACUGACAGAUACGCAUUUACCUAUUUGUUUAUACUGGUUACAAAAAGUUUUGUUUUAUUUUUGAACUUGCUGCAUUGUUUUGAUAACUGUUUGGUUGGAUCAUGUCUAGAAACUUUGGAUGAAUUCAGAAGUCUUAAGUAUGCAAGUGUUUACGUGAUUGUGCCAUUCCAAAGUGCAUCAGAACUGUCAUUCCCUUCUAGUAUCUUCUCAGGAGUAACACGUAUCAGGUAUUUCGUCAUCAUUUGGUAAUAUGAAAACUCCAGUGAACUCCCAAGGACACUUAGAACAUUUACAUUCACACGCUGCAUGGAAGGGUGUAGGUGUGUGUGAAGGGGAAGUGGAGAAACACUUCUUCUAUGUGUAUCUCUUGAUAAGAAGAUACACACCACAUUCAGAAUACUCAGUGUCAAUCUCUGUGUGUAUAGGUAUGUCUGUGUAUAUCUCUUCUUUUGUUUACAACUGUUCAAAAAAGAAACCUCAAACUAGUUCUCUUCAAAAGAGAUAGCUUCCAAGCAACCCAGUUUUUACCCAUAUGUUCUGUACAUAGUUUAACAUGAGCACCAAUAGAUAUCAGGCAUAUACCCACCUGUUAGCAGUGAGGACAGUCAGCAGGUCCGCAUGUGCUGUUCCCUGCGAGCAAAAUACAAGGAAUGAACAAGCAAUUCCAGGAGGAGAGCGAGCAUUUACUGAAGCAGCUGGAGGAUCAGCUCUCCAUCCUGAGCAGGGAGUUUGGUUUCAGACAGCAGUCACCUCUGGGGUUGCCAAAUACAAUCAGAUACAUAAUCAUGAUACUCUUGGGUGGUAGUUUCAAAAGACACUACUAAUCUGCAGAAAGCAUUCCAGCUAUCUGACGCUGGUAACUACUGUUUAAUGGUCAGUUAAAUCUGUGAUAAGGUUGAAAGUGGGUAGGAUUAUGAAAUUUUAGUGGUUUUUAGAAAAACUUGUGAAUGAAAAUGAAUCCAAGUGUUUCAUGUGAAGAUGUUGAGCCAUUUCUAUCAUGCAUUCCUGUGUCAUGGCAGAAAAUUUUGAAGAUUAAAAAAUAAUCAAAAUGUU